AUGAAGAUUUUUGGUUCAAGAAUAAGCAUUUGUGUGUUACUAGAAGAAUACUCAUUGCUGGCAAUAACAUUUUCUUAUCGUAUUACCAAAUGGGAAGAAACAAAUCAAAACGAUAUUUUUAACAACGCUGCGAAAGUUCAUACAACAACUUUAAAUGAAGAUGAUGGCUAUCCUGCACUGUGUCCGAUGGAGUCGUACCUCACCACCUCACACCAAGCUAUUCUGCAACGCUUUUGCCGGUUAUGCAUGCGAGAAUAUCCCUUUCUGUUCCCGUUCAAAGCUAUGCUGAGCGAGAUUUCCAUCGCCACAAUGCUAGAAAGAAUUUUAGGUUCAUUCAAAAUUAAGCAGACUCCUGACCUACCAAACGCAGUUUGUUCUCGCUGCCUGACGAAACUGGAUUUUGCCUACCACGUCCAAAAAGAGUUUGUGCACAACGAACAUCGGCUGAGGCAUUACAUGCAGCACGGAGAGCUUAUCGAAAAGUUGUAUGAGUUCCAGAAACAAUCUACCAUCGUGAGGAAAAGCACUUCCGAUCAGGCUUUGGCAAAACAUGGGGAUGGCUUACUGCAAGAGGCGGUGCAUAUGGAUCCCGCUCACGAAGUACCGGGCAUGAACGAUGCUGCAGCGGAAGCAGCAAAGAUCUUCAAAACUAUGACCCCCCCUGGUGGUUGGGCUGUAGUUGCUUGUGACUGUGGACAGAAGUCGGAAGCAUCUUGCCAGGAGACUCACACAGCUAACGCGAAAGUAAAGCGAAAGCAAAGAAACCGUCAAAUUCUUCGUCAAGCGAUCGCAGCUGAAAAUCCUACUGCAGCAAAAGCGCAGCCCAUAAGCCAAACCAAAUGUUACAUCUGUGGUUGUGAAACGGAAAGUGAAACCGCUUUGAAUGAUCACACAGCUCAGCACGUGGAUAUGUUACCUUACAGUUGCCCAAAUUGUUACAACGAUAGCGCAGAGGAAACGAAAACAAUCACGUCAUUGGCAAUGUUACAGCGACACUUUCGGAUGCAUACGUAUCCUCUCAAGUGUCCACAUUGUCCGCAACGGUUCCGAAAAUAUACUACCGUCUACGCGCACGUUCGCUAUCGACACGAAAUGUUCGAUAAUCCGGAGGGAUACACUUGCGAAAUUUGCGGGAUCAGGAUAAAGUAUCGUCCUACGUUUUUAUUUCAUAUGCAAAACCAUCGCAACGAAGAAAAGGGUACGUACAAGUGCCAGUACUGCCAUCGCGCCUUCGGUACACGGGCGCGCAUGGAACGGCACGUGCGUUCCCACACUGGAGAGCGUCCCUUUGCAUGUCGUCUCUGUCCGAAGACAUUUGCCUACGCAGGCCAACUCAGUGCGCACAUGUCCCGGCAUAACAACGAACGUGGUCAUCAGUGUGAACAGUGUGGGAAAGGAUUCUUUAACAAAGCAAUGCUAGGACAACACCUUGCCACCCACGAACCUACCGCUAAUCGUAAAGUACCCCAUGGGAAAGCGACACGACAACGUCCCUGUUCGUUUCCAGACUGUAAGUAUGUUGCCCAAACGUAUCAAGCAUAUUACAUUCACCGAUUGCGCCACCAAAUGGCUCACUCAUGUGACGAGUGUGGCCGACGUUUUGCUCGACAAUCGGAAGUACGGCGACAUCGGCGAAUUUACCAUACGACUGACCAUCCCUUCAAGUGCGAGCCAUGCAAUAAGAUAUUUUUGAGCGCUCAGAGCUACCGUGAGCAUAUGGACGCGCACGCCAAUGUACGCCGGUACGAAUGCGAUGUUUGUGAUAAGAAGUUUGUGCGUCGUCGAAAUCUCACCACCCAUCGGCUUUCACACACAAACCAUCGUGCCCAUCGAUGCGAGCUUUGCGAAAGUACAUUCAAGUAUAAAAGUGAUUUCAAUCGACACAAGAAAGACAAACAUGGACAGACUGGGCACGAUGAAUGUACGACUGUGCAGGCCGAAGAUGAUGAAAUCGUAAAGGAGAUUGUCCUAUUGCCUGAGGAUCCGAUGAUGGAAGGAAUAUUAGUUGAGGAGGCAGUUCAGCAGGGUAUCCUGGUAGAGGAGGACAUUGAGCUCGAUGGCACGUACGGAGAGAUCAUCGAAACGGUUGAAGAAUCGAAUUCGUUCAAUAUAGAGGAAGUUGUUAAGGAAGAGUACAUACUACAUUAUGCCUAACUUGCUGCGGUUGUAUGCAUUCAUACAACUUUUAUUCGAUUGCGUAAAUGAUCAUACAAUUAUCUGUAUUCCUUUGAAUUGUGAAUAUAGUUUAUGCGUUUUACUUUUGAAUAAAAAUAACGUUCAGCCGUUGUAAAU